AUGGUAUGCAGACUAUCAGUCAAGGUUAACCCCGGAUUCCGGCAGACCGCUCGCGUAUACCACAGCAUCCCCCGUCCGAGGAACCUGCAUCAAACUCUUCCUGCAGCCCUGCAAAGGGCCCGUCGAGUUGGCUCUAUUCAUUCAAAUAAGCUCUCGGCACUUGGCGUGUUGCACAUUUGUAUCACCCUUAUGUGUCAGCUCCACAGCAGGGAUCAAAUAACAGACAGAGUUUGCACAUGGGCUUAUCAAAUCGAGAAGUUGCAUCUCCUUUUUACUCCACGCGAGAGAGACGGAGGCGUUAGCGCACGUCGGUGGCGUGCGGACACAGGGAUCGGCGAUGUCAUUCUGCUAUUUUGGAGCGCUUGCUUGCUUUUUCCGCUCUUAUUACUAAGUUGGCUGCUUAGUAAGUUAUACCAAGUGCCUAUUUUAUAUACUCCAUUUCUCCGCCGUGGUGGGUAUAAGCCGUUUGACAUGGAAGGACGCUGUACAAAUCCUUGCCUUGUUGGCGCCGGAUAA